UCACAUGAUUGCUGUCCGAAAGAAAACGAAGGUUUGAGGCUGGCAGAGGAGCUUAAUGAAAUGUAAUGGAAGAAUGUUUGGAAAUAAAAUAGAAUCGCUGGGGUAAGAAGUCGAAACAUAACUUACAGCUGACAACAACGGGUGUUUUACCGGUGUUAAACAGAAUGUCUUUAAUUAAUACCAGGGGUUCAGUUUACACCUACCAGUCUUCAGUCCACAGUUCACACAUUCUUCUUUGCCUGAAUGAUCAAAGACAGCGUGAUGUACUUUGUGACGUGACUAUUGUGGUAGAAGACCGGAGGUUUCGUGCACACCGUUCUUUGGUUGCUGCCUGCAGUGAUUAUUUUCAUUCAAGAGUUACAGGUCUAUCGGAAGCUGGCCUUGUUGUUACACUUCCUACAGAGGUAACAGUAAAAGGAUUCGAACCAUUGCUUGAGUUUGCAUAUACUGCCAAACUUUUGUUAACCAAAGAAAAUGUUCUAGAGGUCUGUAUUUGUGCAGACAUUUUGGGUUUCCACAACUUGGAAAAAACAUGCUUUAAUUUUGUAAUAGCAAAGUUCUAUGAAAGUAGGACAGACCCACAGGAUAGUCCCAGAAAACUGUGCUGCAAAACAAAAUGCUGGAAGUCAAAGCCCCAAGCCACCCAGGAAGAUUCUUUAGGUUUAAACGUAGAUGAUGUUGGAGUUGAGUUCUUGGACAGUGUAUCACAAAGGAGCAUUGUUUCUGUACUCCUAAAAUCAAAGAAAGAUACAGUAAUAUACUCGAAAUUAGCAGAAGUAUCUGGAAGUUGCAACCCGAACUGUUCCGAGAGAGACGCACAGGCAGGUUAUUCAUCUUUAUGCCCCAAAUACAGGAAGUUUCAGCUUGCUUAUGGGAAAGAUGGAUGCAACCCCUCACUACAGGAUAUUCAGACUCCACAGUUUCUCCAAACACAAAAUGAAAUCUGCAGCCUUACAGAUGGAAACACUGAUGAAGGAAAGGGAAAUACCACCGGCAAUAUUGACACCGAAUCCAAAAUGGGAGAACAUUGCGAGAGUGAAACUUGCCACCCUUGUGUCCCACAUGUUUUGGAGGAUCCUAGUGGUGUUUGUGCCUUGCAGCCCAGCGUAGUUUGUAGUCAACCUCAUGGGUCAACACUUAACACAUCAGAUCACUGCGGUUUAAAUUCACUUGAAAUGUAUGGUGUCACAGGUUCUGUAGAAGGUAGUGCUCCAGAGAGUGAUGGUAAUGAAAAAACAAUAGAAACAGUCCUACCUGAGCUUUCAUUCUCAAAUUGUGGUGUCGAAGUUCAGGAUGUUAACCAAACUGCCUGUACUGGAAGAAGCAGUGUCGAGAGAGAGGUCGCUGAACAUCUAGCAAAGGGAUUUUGGAGAGAACUUAACACCAGACAAGAAGGUUCUUUUGACACAGUGCCAGGUUCUCUGCAGCAGUCAUCCGAGAAAACUCCUGAGUGUCCUUGGUUAUCAAUAAGUAUAAGUGAAAUGUACGAACCUCAGUCUGAUUUUGCUGCAGGAGCUGCAGAUUGCCCCUUCUUGAGCAACCUUAAUAGUGAUGGUUGCUGUGGAAGGUUUGAGGAGCAGAGAACUGAAUGCGACCAAGGAUCGCAGCAGGAGAAAAGCCCUUGCAUCUCUUCAGUCAACUCAGGAGACGAAUCUGACUUUGACACGGAGGGAGACAGUGAGUCGUACACCAGAGAGCGAGCACAUGAGGUGAAAUUGCCAUUUUCAGUGGAAAAAAUUGCAUCAUUGACAAGAAAUGAUUUCCAACAAAUGCUAAAAAACCACAACCUAACUCAAGAACAACUGGACUUUAUACAUGAUGUCCGACGGCGAAGCAAAAAUCGAAUCGCAGCCCAGCGAUGUCGCAAAAGAAAGCUGGACUGCAUUCAGAAUUUGGAAUAUGAAAUUGAUAAACUGAGAAAUGAAAAGGACAAAUUAAUGCAUGAAAAAAACAAGUUAAAGAUGAGCAAGGUUGAGACAUGGCAGAAUCUUUCCAGUCUGUAUCAGAAGGUAUGUAGUGAGGCUGCACUUAGGCCUGAGCAACUCCAGGUACUUGUGAAAUAUUCCUCCCUCGACUGUCCUCUUUCAUUACUAAUGGGCCAGAAAGAAAACACAAACAACUCAGAGCCUGGAGCUCAGACCUCGCCUUCCACAGGCUUCUCAGCAGAGACGUCUAUCCUAGGACCUGCAGAAGAGACUGAAGUCUGUCAACCAAGUCAAGAGUACACAGAAGGGAAUUAACAAGAGCCAGUGGAAACUUUUUUCAGGUAUUCCCAAGGACCGUAGAGAACACACCUUCUACUGAACAUUGUUGCCAGUGUUAAACAGGUUUUUUUUGUCGGGAGAUCUGCUUCUAUUUCCAGAAAAAAACUGGCUCUGAUUCCAUGUUUUGAUGUCUUGCACUCUUGUCACUACUUUUCAACCGCACCUUAUUGUAUUUAUUUCACAGUAUCGAACACAAUAAGAAGGUGGUAUUUACUAAAAAGUUAAGUAUAGCAACUUCUAUAGAAAUUACCGUUUUAAUCUAAUAAGCAAUAUAUUUGGCUAAGUGAUUAUAAUGUAGAACAGUGAAUCCAUUCAUAGUCAAUGUUUUUAGGCUA